AAUAGUAAACAUAUUAAAAUAGCUUUAAUCAUACGACUAAUGUGUCAACGAACAAACCUUAUAAUUAUUUAUACCCUACAAAAGGCCAGCUUUGUGUCAAAAGUCAAGUUUGUGUGAGACUUGCAUUAUGUCCAAUGCGCCACCAUCAUACCAGGAGUCGGUGGGGACAGGAAGAGGCUAUGUGAACUACGGCUCCCAACCCUCAGCUCCCCCAUCGGUAGGUUACGACCAGUCCAAGGCAUAUCAGGGCGGCUACCAACCGUUGCCUAGCUACCAACAACAGACAACACAUCAAGUGAUUGUACAGCAGCAGCCUCAGAUCAUCGUGGUUGGUGGAUGUCCUGCAUGUAGGAUUGGCGUUCUUCAAGAUGACUACACAUGUCUGGGUGUGUGCUGUGCAAUAUUGUUUUUCCCCAUCGGCAUUCUCUGCUGCCUUGCCAUGAAGGAGCGACGAUGUCCGCACUGUGGUGCCGUGUUCGGUCACUAGGUCAAAGGUCAAGGUCACAGUGACAAAAAACCUAUUCACACAAUGGCUGCCACUACAACGGACAUCCCAUAUGGGGGGCGUGCAUGUUUUACAAACAGCCCUUGUUGUUAUGUAUUUUUGUAUUUGUUUCGUUUAAGAGACUACGAUGAUAUGUUUUAUUGUACAAUGUUAUGUUUAUCAUUUAUUCACCUGUGGUUGUUUUUCUGUACAUCAUAUUAUGAUUUCAAACAUUGUUGUUGUUGUUAUUGACCAUGUAUCAAACUAGUUGUAUUGGUGUUAAGAUUAAUUUAAACUAUAUGAUGGCAAUGUAAUUUACAUUAAUUUAAAUAGGCUUUAUGCAAUAUGAAGCUUUGUAUUCAAAUCUCAUAAAUAAAUUUAAUAAUUAUUAAAAAAUAUUUAAUUUCUGAUGCUGUAUACAUGUAUUAAACUUUUGGGAUAAAGACUUAACAAUUUUAUUAAAUGCCUUCACAUAAUCACAAAAUACAUAUUAAAAGGAAUAUUAUUUUUCUUUUUUAUCUCACCUGAGCACAUUUUGUUCAUGGUUACCUUUUAUGACCAAUUUUUUUCUGUUGUUAGUCCAUGAUGCGUUGUCAACAUUAACCCUGAACACUCUGAACAUUUAUUGCCCAAUCUUUAUGAAAGCGUGUGAACCUUUAAGGGGCCACAUUUAUUUAUCUUUAUGGAGAUUGGUCAGAACGUCUUCCCCAACAGAUUCUCUUGGACAAGUUCAAUCUUGAUCAUAAGGGAAAACUAAGUUGUUAACACUCUACUAGUGACUAGAGGCCAUACUUAUAGCAGAAUCUUCAUGAAACUUGUUGAGAGCAUUAGUCUAAUUCAAGAAAAGCUCAAUCUUUAUAAAACUGGCUUAAAAUAUUUAUGCUGAUGAUAUAUAGGCUGUGAAACGAUAGGUCGCUCAGUCAAAUAAAUAAAUAAGCUUGCAAGCACUCUAAAGUCCACAUUUUUUGCCCAAUUAUCAUGAAACUUUAACAGAAUAGUUUUUUUUUAUAUACUAGUUCCAUUGCAAAAGCUGAUCAAAAUAGUUAUGUUCUUUUUGGUCACCGGUGAGCGAUAUGGGGCCUGUUGCCCUCUUGUUCUGGAUAUAAGUGUGAACAUUCAAUUGCAUUACUAACCAUGUAUAUUAUGGUUGUUUAUAGGUAAAUUGUUUAAUUCUUCAAAGAAUACCAUUACUGCAACUAUAUGUGUAUCUGUCUUAUAAUAGGUAAACUAGAGGUAUUUUUUUAUUUACAGAGUUCUGUUUAUGUUUGGGCAUGUUUAAUAAAACAUUUGUCUAGCCCUUGAUCAUUUGAUGUUAGGUAUUUCAACGCAAUUUUCUUAACAGGAUUUGUUUAUAGUUUGCCAAAAUGACAGUUUUAAAAGUAUUUGUAAUAUAUUACAAAAAGCGUGCAUGCAUUGUAUUCAAACAACCAAAAUAAUACUACUGACUUAAAAAAUGUUCAAAAUAUAUGUUCUUUUAUUCGUUAUUAUCUCACAAGCAAAUUUAGAAAGUUAAUUAGGGGUUUGUUAUGAUUUUCACUGAUAAUUUAGCAAAAGUAUUACCAAUAAAGCUUUUAAACUACCAUGUUAAUUCAAAAGCCUGCAUCGUGUAAUGGAAAAGUGUUAGCUUAAAAAGUGUUAGCCUUUGCUUCUGGUGGUCAUGGGUUCGAACCCUGGGCUGGCAGGUGUUUUUUGUGAUAUUUUUUUCUUGAUAUGAUAAUAUUAAAAAUAUUUCAAAUA